AUGCCUAGUUCCAAAUUCUCUGCCGACUCCUUGCCUGACUUGAAAGGCAAAGUGUUUCUCGUCACAGGCGGAAAUGCCGGCAUCAAGGGCAGUGGUAAGGCCACCGUCAUCGGCCUGGCUAGCCAUGGCGCCACGGUAUACAUGGGCGCGAGGAACGAGUCGAAAGCUCUCGCAGCGAUCCAGGAGAUCAAGAAAGAACUUCCCACUGCAGAUAUACGCUUUCUCGGAAUGGAUCUGACGACGUUGGAGAGCGUCGUCGCGGCGGCGAGAGAUCUUCGCAGCAAGGAAUCCGUCCUCCAUGGUCUAGUUAACAAUGCCGGAAUCAUGGGGGUUCCUUUCUCCAAGACGGAUGACGGAUAUGAGGUCCAGUUUCAGACGAAUUACCUUUCCCACUGGCUCCUCACUUACCACCUCCUUCCUCUCCUGCUUUCCACGGCCCGUUCUGCUGGUCCCGGCGCUGUACGCAUAGUGAAUGUGACAUCCGAUGGCCACGCCUUGUUUACGAACAAAAAGGGCAUUGAUUUUGACAACAUCGACCUUGAGUCCAGUUCUUCGAUGACCCGGUAUGGCCAAUCAAAGCUUGCCAACAUUCUGCAUGCCAAAGAGCUCCAUAAACGGUAUGGGCCAGGGGCGGAUGGAGAGGAAGGUGGUGAAAUUUGGGUCGCAGCUGUCCAUCCGGGUCAUAUUGAUACCGAUCUCAACAAGCAAGCGACCGCCAAUGGACCGCCGAUCGUUCUACGUGCCCUCACGUCGGUAUUCCGAUGUCUGGGAGUCCUGGACGAGCAGGCCAAGGGCGCAUUGUCCUCCUUGUUUGCCGUCGCCAGCCCUGAAUUCAAGCAACAAGACUCUGGGAGUUAUGUUGUGCCAUAUGCCAAGAUUGGAACCCCCAGUCAGGCGGCAAGGGACCCAGUGUUAGCUGAGAAGUUGUGGACCUGGACAGUGGAGGAGUUGAGGAAAAAGGGCAAGCUGGACGUCGCGUAG